AUGCAUUAUGCUGCAUGGAAGGGACACCUAGAAAUUGUUAGGUAUUUGACGGAAAACGGUGCUGAUGUCAAUUCAAAGCAGAAAGAUCAGAGGACCCCAUUACACAACGCUGCCUCAAAUGGCCAUCUCGACAUUGUGAAGUAUUUGGUGCAGAAAGGUGCUGUCGUCAAUGCAGAGGCUGACUUUCAACUAACACCGUUACAAUAUGCCACCUCUAAUGGAUACCUACAAGUGGUGCAGUAUCUGGUGCAAAAUGGUGGUGAUUACACUCUUUUACACAGUGCAUCGCAUAAUGGUCACUUGGAGGUGGUAAAAUUUUUGGUUGAAAAUGGUGCUGAUGUUAGUGCAAUGCAAAAGGAUCAGGAGAUUGUUGCAGAAGAGGGGGUCGAAGUAAUUGGUAUAAAGAAAAGAGAUACUUUUUAUGACGUUUGUCAAAAUUAA